GUGGCCCGAGCCGAAAGCCUAUCAGAUCCAAAACACGGUUGUUCAAAUUUUAAAAACAGAUCUUCGCACGACAACAGCCACUCCUGUUUCUCACUCAGUUGCUUCGCCCUAAGACAAUCCUCCGAGCAGUCCGAUCCAACGGUUGAUUAUAGCAUCCAUGGGUCCCGCCAACACCGGCCGUGUGAUCUCGCAGGAAGCGUUCGAUGAAGUUGUGAAGGAGAACAUGGAGGAUCUAGGAAUGGAGCCCGUCGAGGCCCUCGAAGACGCCAUUCAGACUCUUACUCUUCAAGGCGUUGAUCUCUCCGGGAUUGUGAAAUGCGUUCCAGGAGAGUGUAGUGUUAAAGACAAUCCCGUAAUACAAUCAUUAGAGAGAUUGAAGCAAUUAAAUUCCAAGGAUCGAAUAAACAGUGAAGAUUUAAAUGAGAUGGGGGAGUUGUUUGAUAAGCUAAUAGAGUUGUGUGGGUGUAACAAUGAAGUAUCAGGAAAUGUUCCAAUUGCUACUAGAAAUGGUGCAGUGGAGUUGGUUUGUGCCAUUUGUUCCAAGAUUCCAGCUGGAUCAAAACGACUACUCUUAUCGUGCUUGAAAAUGAUGGCAUUGUUCAUUCAUGCAGAUAUUCAAAGUUCAGAAACAUUCCGGGUAAAUGGUGGACCAAAAAUGGUGGUUGAUAUCCUAAGAAAUGGCAGCGAAGAUUCAGAGAUUCUGAAUAGUUGUUUUGCCAUUGUUACUGCAUCUGCAACUGGUAAUGAGGUGGUCAAAGAAUCAUUUAUGGAAUUGAAAAUUGAUGAGCUUGUCUUGGAAGUAUUGAGUAGGCAGAGAAAUGACAGAAUUCAAAAUUUAUAUUAUGCAAUGCGCGUUCUGUUGACUGCUGAUGAUGAUCGUGUUGUGGCUUCCCAAGUUUAUGGUUAUGCCCGUAGAUUUGCAAAGAUUGGAAUUGCAAAAGCUCUUACAGUUUCAUUAGCUGAAGGGCUUGCCUCACCUAAUGUUGUUGCUACUAGCUCUGUGAUGAAAGCCAUUGCUGUCAAUGAUGAGAUAUGCACAUCCAUUGCAGAAUGUGGUGGUGUUGAUGCACUUCUCCGAUGUAUUGAUGAGAGUGGCGAACAAGGCAACAAAGCUGUAGCUAGAACUUCUUGUUCUUUGUUAUCCAAGUUGGCAGGAAGUGACUCCAAUAAGAGUUCAAUUAUUGAGAAGGGCGGAAUGGAGAGGCUCGUCAAACUCUCAGCAAGAUUUUCUGAUGAUCCUUCUGUUCUUCAAGAGGUUAUGUCUAUUAUUACUGUACUGUCCUUGAGAUCUCCAGACAAUGCAGCCCGUGCCAUUGAAGCUGGAGCUGGUGACCUUGCUAUUCAAGUCAUGCAAAAGUUUCCCAAGGCACAGCAACUGCAAAGAAAUUCCUGUUUCAUGAUCCGCAAUCUUGUAGUAAGAAACCCAGAAAACAGAACACUUCUGCUGAAUAAUGGCAUUGAAAAACUUAUCAGGCAGGCAAAGGAGAACCAUGAAAGCUGUAAGGAUGCUGCUACUGAUGCAUUAAGAGAUUUGGGCCUUGAUGACUAUAACAAAUAGCUUAUUUCACAUUAGAUUUACCACAUUUUGUUGCUUUGUGUGUGUGUUCUUUUACUGUGAUCAGGAACUAAAACUUUAUAGCAAUAGGAGUGUAUAUUGGUAAAGUAAUCUUACGCAUGCCUUAUUAUAAGGUUCUAUACCUUUUGGCAUCAUAA